GACAAUAAUUAACCACACUGAAGCAGCGGUUGUGUCUAAAAACCCGGUAUCACAGCUGAUUUGUGAAAUUGGAGGGAACUUUGUGUUUGUGAUCUGCUUAAAGAUUUCUUGGUCUUUGAGUUUGUCACGGAUAGCCCCACGAAAAUGAAUAAAAAAUCGAACCCGAGCAAUAAAGAGAAACGCCAAAAACGUAAGGAGGAACAGCACAGGAUAAAGUUGGCGAUGCAAGUCGUAGACUGCGCAAAUUCGCUAAACGAUCCGUUAGAAAGCUUUCCCGUAUUUCAGCGAUUUUCGAAGAACGGUAUUGACGCCACGCUGUACGUUAAACGCGUGACACAUUUAGACAAAGACGUAAAGGACUGGAUAUACGACUUGACUAAGAGAAAUAUGAAGGAGAACUACGAAAGCUGUUCGUGGGGUUGGAAUGAUAAGAAGAAAUAUGAGGAACUAAUGGACGAAUCCGCUUGGUAUUUAGUUUCACAAUUAACAAAUGGCAAAUUGCUAGGAUUUUCGCAUUUCCGGUUUGAUUUGGAUGAGGGUAUUGAAGUUCUGUAUUGUUACGAAUUGCAAUUAGAACCUGAAGUGCAACGUAAAGGCCUAGGCAAAUUUAUGAUGCAAAUACUGGAGUUAGUGGCAUUUACGAACACCAUGAAGAAAGUCGUAUUAACUGUAUUAAAGAAUAACGAACAUAGCAUAUUUUUUAAGAAUAUUAAUUAUGUUGUAGAUGAAACGUCGCCUAUGGAUUGUGAUGAAGAAGAAUAUCCGUAUGAGAUACUAAGUAAGGCAAACAAACGGUUAAUUACCACUGCUUAGUUCUAACGACUUUUCCAUCUGUAUGUGCAAAUCACUUAAUAUGUCUACCAUUAAGAAAAAAAAUUUAUUUCCUGUAGGUAUGUCAAUAUGUGUAAUUUUUGUGUAACAAGUCGCGGUUUGAAAGGUGUAAUUUAUUGUUGAUGGAUAUUGACAUGUGUGAUGAAUGACACUUUAUUGUACUUACCUUCCCAACAAUGAAAUUAAGACAUUAAUAUCACAUGAAGUUUAA